AUGCAGCGCGGGCUGCCCCAGAAGAAAAAGAUCAAGAAUGUGAAUAAAGUCAUAGCAGUAUCCUCCGCGAAGGGGGGCGUGGGGAAGUCUACUGUUGCAGUCAACCUUGCUCUCGGGCUGUCCAGCCUUGGUCGGCGCACUGGUAUUCUUGAUACCGAUAUCUUUGGGCCUUCUAUACCACGGCUGUUGAAUCUCUCCGGAGAGCCUCGGCUGAGCGAAAAUAAUCAACUCAUCCCACUAUCAAACUAUGGACUACAGUCUAUGUCUAUGGGCUACCUCGUUGAUCCCGAGAACGCCGUAGUAUGGCGCGGUCUUAUGGUCAUGAAAGCUCUACAGCAGCUCCUGCACGAGGUCGAGUGGAGUGAACUAGAUGUCCUAGUUUUGGACUUGCCACCAGGAACUGGUGAUACACAACUCACCAUCACCCAACAGGUCGAAUUGGAUGGCGCCGUCAUAAUCUCCACCCCACAAGACAUAGCCCUAAUAGACGCCAUCAAGGGUAUUGAUAUGUUCUCCAAGGUCAAAGUCCCCAUUCUCGGAAUGGUGCAAAACAUGAGUAUAUUCACCUGUCCAAACUGCUCGCACUCGACACACAUCUUCGGCCAAGACGGUGUCAACAGGGAAUGUCAAAAACGUGAUAUCGAACUUCUAGGCAACAUCCCCCUUCACCCUUCAAUCUGUCAAGACGCAGAUGCUGGUCGCCCAUCAGUGAUCAAGGAUCCGUCCGGGGAAACCGCAAAAGCGUUCCUAGAAAUUGCGGGGAAGGUAGACGGAAAACUGUUCCCGUGA